GUUCUGAUUGGUCAAUCUUCAAUCUCAUUCUUCAAUACGUAGUCUGAUUCCGGCCUUAGAGAAUCCCGCUAUAAAAGUGGCGAAUUAAAAUGAAACUUUCGGUAAACCAAGAUACAAACUUCAAAUGUUUCUCGAGGUGAUAGAAGUGAUAGUUGCCUAUUUAUUAGAGAGAUCAAGUUCAAUUACCCGCAAUGAGCACUAAUUCUUCUCAAAAUCACAUUUCGGAUUACAAACGAAACGAACAACAGGAAAUGCUGGUCGCCCCACCGUUAGAUUUAUCGUUUAAAAAAGCUAUCACCAUGGACGAUUUGAUGGAGAAACGUGCACAAGUAAUACGUACCGGAAAAGCUCCGAUAAGAACAUUUAAGGAUCGUUACAUAACCAGUACGUUAUGGCUGAGCAAUAAUCUACUGAGCUCAAUGGAAGGUCUUCAACGUCUCGCGGAUAGAGUUCUUGAUAAUCCUGUGUAUCUCAGUUGGUUGGAUUUAUCUUUCAAUGAAAUAAACGAGAUUGGAGAAGAAAUAGAGAAAUUUACAAAUUUGAAGAUUCUCUACUUGCACGGCAAUAAAAUCGCAAAUAUUACAGAUAUUUUAAAGCUCAGGAAGUUACAAAAUCUUAGGUCAUUAACGUUACAUGGUAAUCCGAUAGAAGACAUUCCUUGCUACAGGGGUUAUAUCGUACAUCUGCUCCCACAGUUACUCGUCUUAGAUUUCUCGCCAGUGAUUGCUGCUGAAAAAAAAAAGGCGCUGCCCAUAAGAUUUUUUAAAAUGAUACAACAACCUGGGAUACGAAUAUAA